AUGCCCCGCGAGAGAAGUGGGAGAAAUCAUGCCACAAAGCCAAGUUCCGCGGGAGUCGAGCCCCCGUGUUGCCCGCGGCGGGGCCGGGCGCGCGGGGCGGGAGAAGGUCCCUACCUGGGGCCGGGCAGCAGCGGCGGGGUCGCGGCGCCCAUGGCUUCGCCGGCUCCGGGCGGCCGCGCGGGGAAACGCCAGCGGCUCAGCAGCGCCCGGACCCGCCGAGCUCGCUGCGGCCGCCCCGGCGCCGUCAUUGGACCGAUGAGUCACGUGGUCUGGCCGGCGGGCGAGCCCCUCCGGCCGGCUCAACCCCUCACCUGCGCGCCCCGCUUCGCGCAGAGGCCCCGGGAGCGCGACAGCAGACUUCCCGAGCCCGGAGUGGGCUGCAGGACGCACCGGAGAAGAAAAUCCCGGAGCUCGGCCUCUGAUCCCCGAUACUCAGGCUGCCAGGCAGCCGGCGCCGCGAAACUUUGGUGCCGGCUUUUCCGCCGUGCUGCUGGGAGAGGGGAGCUUCCUCAGAUUCGGCGUGAGUCAGGGAGAUCACAUGGAAUGCCAAAAAACGUGGAGACCCUCAUGAAAAAUACAGAAGAAAAACCUAUGGUUUCUUCAUGCAUAUAGAAACGAAACACCAUGAUUCACUUAGUAUUUUGGCAUUUCCGACUUGGGUCUGAGGUAAUAAGCUGCUGGUACUGAGUUCUCAUCUCGACAGUACCACUCCUCCAGCAACUUGGUCUCCAGCUUCGCCUCUACGGCAGCAUCCAAAAUCAUUUCAAACUCUGAGGCUUCCACUUCUCCAGGGAUUCGGAUGUUCCCAUAUUUUUCACCUAAUAGUCCCUGUGUAUCAAUACGAAAGUUCAGUUUAGUGUAUCAUCAAGAAAGUUCAUUUUAGCAGUCAUAUCAUAUGGCCACUCAAUAAAUAUUAAUAAGUAGACAGCAA